GCUCGGUGUGCUACGCUACGCGUAUGUUGACGAUUCGGCGAAUCGAGAUUCGUUCUGGUGGAGCUGCCAGGAGAAGAAGGGUACAACAAUCAGGAAUAACGCGUCCUCCUCCAUUUUCCUUGCCGAAUAAUCCAAAUCGAAACCCAAGGAACUGAUAAAGCGAGCCAGCCAUGGCUUCAGUACAACAUGAUAUCUGCGCAAUCUGCCUCGAGGAACCAAAGAAUCCCAAGACACUACCGACCUGCACCCAUCGGUUUUGUGAAUCCUGUCUCAUCAGUUACGUCAGGCGGCACCAAGCAGAGGAGAGCGUCGCCUGCCCCACGUGUACUAUCGCUUGUCCAAUUCAGGAUACCAACGUCGAGGCACCCGCUGUUGCCGAACCGACAUUACCCCUCAGAAAGAAAGAACUCUGCACUUUCUGUUCGUACAAGGGACUUGAAGCAAAAGCGGAUUUCUUCUGUGACCGCUGCGAAGAUGCCUUGCUGUGUCGAGAUUGUGCCACGUCCCAUGGCAAGAAACCACGUUUCCGAGGGCAUGUUGUAAAACCCGUAUCAGAUUUCAUUAGACUCAUACGUUGUGAGAAACAUGGGGGCCGAGCGAUGAAAUUUCUCUGCAUGGGCUGCGACACACCUGUGUGUGAAAUAUGCGCUGACAUUGAUCAUGAUGACCACGAGCUUGUGGAUAUUGGGGAUGUGUUGAAGAAGUUGAAAGAUAACCUUGACCCAUUAUGCAAUGCUUAUGAAUGUGCAUCAACACUGCAACGAGAGCUCCAGGAUGUCCGAAACAAGGAAGAAGCUGUGAUCACUCUGAUACAAAACCGAGCAGCACUUUUGAAGAAAGAAAUCGAUAAAAGGAAGGACGACUUAGUUUCAGCGGUCAAGGAAAAGACAGUAGAAAAACAGUUAGACAUGGACGUAAGCAGACUGGUAGAGGGUCUGCAAGGGUCUUUGGAACGUGGCAGGGACAUUUCCACAAUUGAUAUAACAAAUGCAGAGCAAGUCCGCCACGUAAUCAGCACGGCGGCGACAUUGAACAAGACUAGAUUUGAUGCGAGCAAGACAAUUGCUGCAUUCAAAAGCAGAAUGCUGUAUAUGUCAGUGCCAAGGUUCAUUCCAAAGACAGCGGGUGUCAAAGUGGGCGAGCUUGAGUAUCUACCAAGGACGAUAACGGAUCCAGUCAGACUUGAACUCGGUGGGAAGUAUGUGAGAAAGCCCUGUUAUAAGAUAACUAAAGCAGUACUUUUCAUAAGUCAGAACAAGCUAUAUCAGAAAGUGGUAUCAUUCAACAAUGUAGUUUUCACUGAGUUUGUUUAUAAUUGGUUUUAUUCUUAUUGUUCAAUACUGAUGACUGGACUUCGUAAGCAGUUGGUCGAAAUAGGAAACCGAUUGGGAGAUGAAGUAGACGAUAUGAUUGUCAACAACAGUGGCGAACUGCUGGUGCUCUGCUAUGGUGGACUCCACCGGUGUAUCUCGCCAUUUAAAAGGGAUUACCAAAAGGCGACGCUAGAGUACUUUAAAGAAAUGCAAAACGCUGUCAGUGUCGCAUUAACUAAAUCUGGAAAGUAUGUAAUUCUCAAGAAAGAGAAAGACCAAUGGGCUGUCCUUAUACUCGCUGCUAAUUUUAAGCUGAUAUGGGGCCCGAUUAAACUGGCCAGUGGGACGUUAGAUUAUUCGCAGGGAAAAGAUAUGAAGAUUCUCUGUCCAGAAUCCACGGACUUGCUCCUCAUCGACCAUCGGAAUGGACAAAGAGUUAGUGCCAUUUCGUUGGCGGUCAGGCAGAAUUCGAUGGACGGUGGGGCAGUUGGAGCGCUGCAGCACUACUUCGCGAAGAGGACACCAAUUCUCUCACCGGUCGUUGGAUUCUACAUCUUGGACAUCUGCUGUGAUGACGGGAAGGUUUAUCUGUGCAUCAAGAAGGGAAAAGGUGCGGAGAGGUCCCCUGGAGCGGGCCCCGUCCAAUUCUACCAAGCCACGUACUACAUGAAUGACAAGUGGCAGUACACGGCGAUUCCUCUCGAAGAUCCUACAGGGAAGCCCUUCAGUGAGUUAAAGAAAGAGGAGAUGCUCCAACUGGGAGCUCAUAAGGGGACCUUGAUGUGCUUCGUGUACAGUCCAAUCCCUCUGGCAGAGCUGAAGGAAUCUGCUGAACCAGGCAUGAACGUGACUUGGUAUCACGGACAGCUUCCUUGAAUGGCACUAGUCGUGGGUGAUCAUGCAUUAAAACCUCGGAGACAUUGACAAAACCAUCUCGAACCUUUCUACUGAUACGUUUACUCCUUCAUCUCGAUCAGACUGUUUCACUGUUUAGGCCAGAUUUACCUGGAUAUUUCAAAAAUUAAUACGUAAAUAAAAAAGAAAGUGGGUGCAGGCGCUACGCAGCCCCGACAUGCAUGUCAUGUCUUUGUAAACCGAUCUCGAUGGGCUAGUGGUUCAGGCGUCCGCCUCAUAAACGGAAGGUCGAAAGUUCGAGGCCCACUGCUGACCUCAUUCCGAUCGGCUGGUUGGUUAGCCGCCAGCUAGUUAGAUACAUGGUACAAACUGCCUUCUCGCCUGGCAUUAGAGAUAGGAGGUUGGAAGUAAAAGAGUGUCUCAUAAGCUAAGACUGGUUGGCCUUUUCAUUAGGGGGUGACACUAUGAUAAGGUUGAAGAACAAUGGUGACAGUCAUGGAGGUCUUACCUGUGUGGACGCUCGAUAGAUCAAAUGUAUCAAACUGAGGAUGGUUGAGAUAGUCUAUCCACAUGGUCGGUAUGCCUGACAUCAGGUUUACCCUGCAAUUACAGAAGAAAACUCGUUUUGUACUGUCUGCUUGCUGGCACCUGACGGAAACACUCAUCCCUUUUGAAGUUCGAAGUCAAAUUGCUCAUCUGUCCCGCGUCUAUAUAUUCCAGAUUCUCUUUUAAUGUAGCAUUAGCAACUAGAAGCAUUACUGCCCAUCUGCCUGGCGUCUAUAUAUCCCAGAUUCCCUUUUAAUGUAGCAUUAGCAACUAGAAGCAUUACUGCCCAUCUGCCUGGCGUCUAUAUAUCCCAGAUUCUCUUUUAAUGUAGCAUUAGCAACUAGAAGCAUUACUGCCCAUCUGCCUGGCGUCUAUAUAUCCCCGAUUCCCUUUUAAUGUAGCAUUAGCAACUAGAAGCAUUACUGCCCAUCUGCCUGGCGUCUAUAUAUCCCCGAUUCCCUUUUAAUGUAGCAUUAGCAACUAGAAGCAUUACUGCCCAUCUGCCUGGCGUCUAUAUAUCCCAGAUUCUCUUUUAAUGUAGCAUUAGCAACUAGAAGCAUUACUGCCCAUCUGCCUGGCGUCUAUAUAUCCCAGAUUCCCUUUUAAUGUAGCAUUAGCAACUAGGUGCAUUACUGCCCAUCUACCUGGCGUCUAUAUAUCCCAGAUUCUCUUUUUAUGUAGCAUUAGCAACUAGAAGCAUUACUUCUUCUGGAUAGGUAACUUCACUUCCCAGUAAAGAAUAAAGAAUAGCAAGUGCAAGAUAUGUCAUGUCUGCAGCCCGAACAUUGACACUUUAAACACUUAACCGAUUAUGUGUUCAAAACUUCCUUGUCCUGUCAAUUGGUUUCAGUGCAGUCGAAAGCAGAAAUACGUGUUGCUAAGACUGACGAUCUUGCAGCUUGUCUACCAUUAGUCCUAAA